AGCUCCCCGUGUACAGCAGCUGGACGUAAACACGUUAUAUGUGUACUUCUAUCACAGAAUAGAUUUAUAAUAAUAAGAGGAGGUGUAAUUCUAUAAUAUUAUUAAUUAUUAUUUAUUUUAAUACUUCGACAAGUUCGACAUCGGCUGAUCAGUGAUCGUUCAGUGGUCGCCAGUCGCCACUCGCCACUUGGCAGUUUGUCUGGUCUCCGUUCUCCUUUCUAUGGAUUUGCUUUGGCGGUGGUUAGUGUAGUGUGUUCGUAGUGUUCGUACCUACGUAAACGUACCUAAUCUACAACGUGAAUCUAAUUUAAAGCAGCAGCCAUGAAGUGUUCAGACUGUGGUUCUCUGAACCUCGAUUCCAGUGAUGGACCAACAGUAUGCAUGGACUGUGGUGGCGUCAUGGACGAAUCACAUAUUGUGUCUGAAGUUCAAUUUGAAGAAACUGACCAUGGAUCUCGUGCUGUUGGGCAGUUUUUAUCAUCUGAUUCUCAAGCUGCUAAUUUUCACAACUUUGGCAGCGCUUUUCACCAUGGCAUGAAGCAACCGUCUCGAGAAAUGACUCAAGCAAAAGCUAGGCGUGGUAUACAAGUGUUAAGCAACAGUCUCAACCUUAGUCCUCAAACUUUGGAAAACGCUUGUGUCUACUACAAUAUGGCAUUGAAAAGACAUUUUACUCGCGGAAGAAAGAAUGCUCUGAUCUAUGCAGCAUCUGUCUAUAUUGCGUGCCGUAUGGAAGGCACUAUGCACAUGCUAUUAGAUGUAGCUGAUGCUAGUGAAGUUAAUGCAUUUGAACUAGGAAAGACAUAUUUGAGAAUGAUGCAAACAUUGACUCUGACAGUACCUAGUCUUGAUCCCAGUAUUUUCCUUAUGCGUUUUGUUAAUUCUCUAGAUUUUGGUGAUAAGACCCACAAUGUGUAUACAACGGCCAUGCGAUUAUUGCAAAGAAUGAUGAGGGACUCAAUUCAUACAGGUAGAAGACCAUCUAGUUUGUGUGGUGCAGCUUUAUUGAUUUCAGGGCGUAUGCAUGAUUUUAACCGUACUACUGAUGACAUUAUUAAAGUUGUUCACUGUCACCAUGCUACUUUGAAAAAACGGUUACUGGAGUUUAAAGACACACCUUCUAGUAUGUUAUCAAUAGAAGAGUUUAUGUCUGUUGAUUUAGAAGAAACUCAUGAUCCUCCAUCCUAUCGAGUAGCUCGUGCUAAAGAUAAGGAACGCAUAGACAAAUUUUUUGAAGCCAACGAUAGUGAAAAAGUGAUUGAUGAAGUAAAAACUGCAAUUGAAAAAGAACUAAAUAAGAAAAAAAAUACUACAGUUUUAGGUGUCAACUUGGUAGAAAUUGCAGCAACAGCAUCUCCUGAACCUGGAGGUAGUAGUAAACCUGCCAAUGUAGGGCCUUCAUUGGAAAUUAUGGGUUUAUCUGAAAAUAAACGGUCUUAUGAAGAUGAUGAUGAAGAGGAUUCAUUGUAUGAUGUCGUAAUAGACGAAGAUGAAAUAGAUUCUUAUAUUCUGUCUAAGGAAAGCCAUGAACUCAAGAGAAACAUGUGGAUGAAAAUGCAUGGUACUGCUUUUAGAAAAAUGCAAUUGAAUAGAGAAGAAAGAGCAAAGAACCCAAAGGUUAUUAAAGCUAAAGAAAAAAAAGCAAGAAAUUCUUUACGAACACCAGCAAAGACUGCAGCUGAAGCUGUGGAACGAGUUUUGAAAAAGAAAAAACUUUCAUCAAAAAUUAACUAUGAUAUACUUGACAAUCUUGACAGUUUUGUUAAUUCUGAUUCUUCAUCCUUACCUGGAUUAUAACUUAUAUAUUAUGUAAUAUAACAUAUAAAUGUUAUUUUGUUGUAUUUAGUAGCUAUAUAAAUUACCUAGGCAUGUAAAUAUUUUUUUUUCAUACCUAAUAUACACGUUUUUGUAUGGUAUAACAUAAUGUAUUUUGCUAUGGAAAGAACUAGAUGAAUUGAAUAGUUACUAACUCAAAUAUUUUGUUUGUAACAAGCAUCUAGAAAGCUUUUUGUUUAAUUUCAUUCUAUCUGUAAUAAACUCAAAUUAUUUUAUUUGUAUUAAUUAUUAGUUUCCUAUGUAAUUUUUUUAUAUUAAGAAUAUAACAUCCAUGACACUUGUAUAA